UCUAUGACGCCAUGACAGGUCACGUGAUGUAAAUUUUUGUUGGGCAUGCGUUAUAUUGGUGAAUCUUUUCUCAUUUUUAAACUGCGAUACGUUUUUUCACGAAAAAAUAAUUACAUGAACGAAUUUAUUGUUUUUCUACGCUAAUUGUGAACUGUAAAUAAAUAGUGAACACCGGAUAGUGUUUGUGUGUGCCUGUAAGGAAGUGUUUUGUUCAGGUCAAAUCAAAAAUGGAAAUAUCGUAAGGUGACUUUAUUAACGAAUUACUCAGUUAUUUCUUUGUUACAAAUAUAUUUGCGAUAUUAACGUGAGAUAUAACGUGGACAAACGUGCGUUAAUAUAAACAUGUGACAGUGUAUGUCUGUGUAGUGUAGCGUGUAACAGUACAGUGGUCGGGGCGUGUGCGAUGACCGGUGCAUGGGACUGGACUCAUUUCGGGACGAAGUGUUAUUAUUUGAGACUCGCAAGGACACCACAGUAAACGAUGGCGCAUUACCCGCAACCUGCGUCGCUGGAGGCGGCGCUGCCGCUGCUCAGCCGGCCGGACCUCCGCCUGCGACAGCAGCUGGGCGAGCAGCUGGUCGCGCUCGUCCGCCGCGAGCCGGAGAUCACGCAGGAGCUGGCCGCGCAGCUGCUCGACGCGCUCGUCGCCUGGCUCAAUGGCGGGAACUUUAAGGUGGCGCAAAACGGCCUCGAGGUGCUGGCGGCGCUGGCCGACCGCAUGGGCCCAGAUUUCUCACACUACGUGCCUACAGUGCUGCCACACAUAAUCGACAGGUUGGCGGACACAAAGGAGGCCGUCCGGCAGACGGCGCGCGCGUGCGUGGCGGCGCUGGGCGACAGCAGGGCGGCGCCGCCGCGGGCGCUGCUGGCGCGCCUGGCGCCCGCGCUGCAGCACAAGGCGCCGCACGCGCGGGAGGAGGCCCUGCGCUGCAUACAGACCCUGCUGGACACGCACGGCGCCGCCGAGCUGCAGCUGCGCGCGGCGGUGCCGACGCUGGCGGCGCUGGCGGCCGACCCCAGCGGCGCCGUGCGGGACGCCGCGCUGCAGCUCUUCGUCGACGUCUACAGGCACGUCGGCGAAAGACUGAGACAGGACUUGAAGAAGAAGGAGUUGAUACCGGCGCAGAAACUCGCUCUGCUAGAACAGAAGUUUGACGAGGCGCGGGACGCGGGGCUUCUGCUCCCCACCGCGACGCAAGCGGCUGACGAGCCGGACUUCGUGUCCCGAUCAGCGAAGAGAACCAUGACAAUACCCACUUCGGCCAGGAGUAGGGACGGAGACUCCUCCGGAGCCUCCACACCAGCGUGUGAACCACCAAAGAGGACAGUACCAGGGUUGUACAGUCUACCAUCAGCUAACAGGAAACCGCCGCCGCCUGCUAAAAUAACCAGCGCUGGUAGUGUGUCGAGCGGCGGGUGGGGCGUGGGCGGCGGCGUGGGCGGUGGCGGCGGCGGCGGCGAGGCGGGCGCGGUGUCGUGCGAGGCGUUCGAGGCGGCGUUCGCGGGCAGCGCGCCGGCCGCGGUGUACGGCGCGCGCGGCCUCGACGACCUGUGCCGGCUGGCCGCCGCGCUGCUCGGCGACCGCGCCGCGCACUGGGAGAAGCGCGUCGACGCGUUGAAGAAGAUACGGUCGUUGCUGACGGCGAACGCGCACGUGCAGUACCCGACAGAGUUCGCGGCGCACCUCAAGGACCUGUCCGUGCCGUUCCUCGUCGUCAUCAAGGACCUCCGCAGUCAGGUUGUCCGCGAGGCGUGCAUCACCAUAGCUCACAUGGCCAAGGUUCUGAAGAACAAACUGGAACAGUUCAGUCUGUAUAUACUGCAGGAGCUCAUAAACUUGAUACAAAACGCCGCCAAAGUGGUGUCGUCGGCGGGCACGGUGUGCGUGCGCUACAUCGUGUCGUACGUGCACUCGCCGCGCCUGCUGCCCGCGCUCGCCUCCAACCUCACCACGCACAAGUCCAAGGAGAUACGCUCCACGCUCAGCGAGGUGCUCGUGCUGCUAUUGGAGAAGUGGUCGUCGUCCACCAUCGAGAAGCAGCAGGCCGUGGUGCGGGACGCCAUCCGCCGAGCGUGCGUGGACGCGGACCCCACGGCCAGGACGUGCGCCAGGAAAGCGUACUGGGCGUACAAGCGCCACUUCCCCGAGGACGCGGAACAGCUGUUCCAGCGGCUUGACGUGGCCGCACAGAAGCAGAUAGAGAGGGAGAGGAACAUCGGUAGUGUGGACAGUCUGCACCAUGUUGGCACCGAGAGAAGAGCCAUCACCAGUCCGCGCAGUCCAUCAGCCAGUGUGUCAGCAUCUACCGAGAACUUAGUGUCGGGCGUGAGUCGCACUAAUUCGUUGCGGCGGCGUCGCGCGUCGCAGGAGCGACCACCGAUUUCGCACAUUCCCGUUGCUAUGAGAGAGCGGUCGCCGGGCGGCGGCGCGGCGCGGUCGGUGUCGGCCGUGGACGCGGCGGCCGCGCAGCGAGCGCGCGCCCGCGCCCUCUACUCGCACAUGAGCCGCGCCAAGAUGGCCGCCGGCACCGCCAGCCUGCAGGGCGAAGUGGCACAGCAAGCGCGAGCGAAGCGGUCCCCGGUGGCAGCGAGCGGAGUCCCGCCCAGCCCCGAGAGAACGGUCGGCCGCUCCAGGUCGCGGCCCGGCGUCUCGCAGUCGCAGCCGACGUCCCGCUCGUCAUCCCCUUCGUCCCGCAGCAGUGGUCCGCUGUCGCUGGCCAGCGCCCGUCGCCGGCCCUCGGGCAUACCGCGCUCCCUGGCUGGCUCCAGGGAGACCAGUCCCACCAGGUCUGGGCGGUCGGGCAGCGCGGCGGGCGGCGCGGGGCUGCGGCGGCGGGAAUCCCUGGAGCGCGGCCGCACGCCCGCCGCCACGCUGCGCCUGCUGCAGCAGACCAGGGACGCUGAGGGGGCACUGCGGAGUCCAGACGACAACUCGGAAGGGCUCCGCGGCAGGGACGACGACUCGGAGGCGUCCAGCGUCUGCUCGGAGAGGAGUCUCGACUCGUAUCGGCGGCACGAUAGCGUGUCGUGGUCGGGGUCGGCGAGCCGGCUGGGCUACGAGUGCUCGCCGCCGCCGCCGCCGCCGCCCGACGACAUCAUCGCGCUGUGCGCCUGCACGCAUUGGACCGAGCGCAAGGACGGCCUCACGCACCUGGCUAACUACUUAAACAGUGGACGUCUCCUAACGGACGACCAGCUCAAGCGUCUAACGGAACUCCUCAACAAGAUGUUCGUAGACGCCCACACCAAAGUCUUCUCCCUGCUGCUGGACGCUGUCUGCGAACUGCUGCUCGUGCACUGGCAACAGCUGAAGGACUGGCUCUAUCAGCUCAUGUUUAGACUGCUGAUGAAGUUGGGUACAGACAUAUUGGGUUCUGUACAGAGUAAGAUAAUGAAGACCCUGGACGUCAUUCACGAGUGCUUCCCGGCUGAGCUGCAACUGCACAACAUAUUCAGGUUCCUGGCGGACGGCGCCACGGCGCCCACCAGCAAGACGAAGGCGGCGGCGCUGCGCUUCCUGGCCGACCUCGCGCACGACUACUGCACGCCCGCCGCCCUCGCCGCCGCCUUGCACGGUGGCGCGACCGGCGUCGCGGGGCGAGCACUAGCUCGCGUGGCGCUGCAGGCAGGCGACCCCCGCGCGGCCGACGUAAGACUAGCCGCGCGCCGCGCCCUCGCCUGCCUCUACGACUGCAACCCUGUGCCGUUCACGGCGCUGAUGAGCGAGCUGCCGCCGGAGACGCAGAGCCUCGUCAACGGAGUGGUGCAGCAGCACGUCCGGAGGACAUCCAGCACCGGCAGCGACAGCCCACUCCGCACGGUCAGCAGCACGAGCAACUCCGCCAACGCGGAGGACGUGUACUCCAGGAUACGGAAGACCACCUCCGAGAUACACACAUACACAGCUCAACACUCCAACGCGGAGUGCGGUAACCACAUGUCCAGCAAGGACUCCGGCAUCAGCCAGAUGUCGGAUGUGACGCUCUCUGGACGCCCGAACGGUGUGCCCAACGGACAUUACAACAACGAGGCGAUAGCGCGUGCGGCGUCAGCGGACAGCUCCGAGGAGGCCAGCAGCACGAAGGAAUCCUCGCCGGUGCCGGCGCACAACCGGCUCGACUUCCCACACCAUCAAAGUGACUACAACUCGGGACGCGACAGGAUGAAAACAUAUGAGACGGAUGAGAACGGAUUCAUAAUUACCAAAUCCGGUCUCCGGGAGCAGGAAGUCCUGGAGGCGCUGUGCAAGCUGGACGUGUCCCAGGCACCGGCCGAACAAUGGGAGAGCCUGCUGCUGGCCACGCACGAGAUCCUCAAGUACGGGGACUGCAGGAAGCCCAGCGAGUACUUCAAGAACAUUGUACGCGUAGCUCUGGCCGCCCUCUCCAUAGAGGAAAACUCGGGUGACAAGGAGAACUCCGAGGCUGUCUCCAACGCACAGCAAACCUCAGGCUGGGGCACGUCGCAGGAGCGCGCGGCGGCGGAGGCGGUGCGCGUGCUGGUGUGGCUGUGCCGGCGCCGCGAGACGCGGCCGCAGUGGCUCGACUACUUCGACCUCAUCCUGCUCAAGCUCAUCAACGCGUACGCCGCGCUCAGCAAGGAGGUCAUGCGCGCCGUCGACGCCGGCCUGCCGCACGUCGCACACGCGCUGCCCGCCCACCAGGUGCUGGCACUCCUGAAGCCAGUGAUCCGCACCCGCGGAUACCCGACGUCGCUGUGCGCGCUCAAGUUGGCUGCUGAAGUGGCGAAGGCUCGCAGCCACGAGCUCACCGACGACAUAGUCGCCCAGCUCAUGGAGGGAGUCGGACAGCUGGCCGACCACCAGAACUCGGCGGUGCGUAAGGCGGCCGUGUUCUGCAUGGUGGCGUUCACGUUCGCGCUCGGCGAGGAGCGCAUGCAGCCGCACCUCAAGCAUCUCUCCGUCAGCAAGUACCGCCUGCUGCAGGUGUAUAUUAGCAAGCAGCGCGAAGAGGGCCGCAGUGGCGGCGGUGGCGGCGGCGGAGGCGGCGGUGGCGCCACGUAGCGGCGGCGGCGGCGCGCGCACCUCACCACCCGCGCCACGCAGACCGACGCGCACUAGCGGGUCUGCACCAGCGGCGAGCGAUCACGACCCCUUCUUCAUCGUUUGUACUUUGUUUAGUUACUCGACUACCGUUCGACCGACACGUUCAACAAUAUAUAGGGCUUUUUAAUUGUUACUUUGCAUUAACUUAUUCUAUUGCAAUCGCCACACCAUGUAUAAAAAAAAAAACAGUUCAAUAUUGUCCUAAUAUAUAAAAUUUAACACCUUGUAUACAGUUGUGUACUCUGUACGCAUAGGUAAUAUCAAUAUCGUACUGAUAUCUAUAUAUUCGAUAUUUUCUGGAUAUUGAUACCCAUGUAUUAAUGAAUUGUCACCCAUUUCGAUAUCGCUCAUUUCAUUUGGAGAUAUAUAUCCACUUCAUUUAAUAUAUCCGUUAUUCGACCAAUAUAGAGAUAUUGUAAUUAUAUAUUUAAAGGCGGGCCCUUAAUACUCUGUAUGUUGUAUUAUACUAUAUGUGACGUAUGGUUUAAUGGAAAAAGAUUACUGUAAAAUUAAAUUUACAUAUUUGACAAAUUAUUUGUGAUAAUGUAUUUAAAUAUAAUUGACUUUUGACUCCAAAUGUCAAACAUGACAGUUACAGUAAAAACUGUUAAAAUGUAUAAUAAUAUAUAGCAAUAUCUAUAUAUUCUAGUUACAAUAUCUAUAUAUUGGUACAAUAACGAAUAUGUUAAAAGUCGGGUUAUCCAAAAAAUUAUAUUGGAUAACAGACUUCGUAAAUAGAUAUCCGACCGAUAUGGGCGAUAUCGAAAUGGGUGAUGAGCUUUCCGCCAUUAAUGUCCAGAGAAACCCAAUAUAUAUAUAUAUAU